AUGAAGGCCACGUGGGAGAACGUGGAAUGCGCAGACAAUAGCCUGAAUUCGUGCGAAAAACAGGAGUAUUGUGUCAACAGCCAUGGAAGUUAUAAGUGUACAUGCCCAACCGGCUACUAUGGGUCGGCCACCAAAGACGAUCCUUGUAUGAUUGAAGGCCAUACAGCAAGCAGGAAGAAAUUGGUGCUGGCAAUUAAAACCAUCGUCGGUGUUUGUAGCGGCAUCAUUGUUUCUUUGUUGGUUGUAUUUUGGUUUAAUUGGCAACAUGGAAAUAAAAAGCUCCGAAAAAUGAAAGAGACAUUCUUUGUUGAAAAUGGUGGUCAUAUAUUGCAUAAAAAACUAUCAGAACGCGAUGUAUCAGUUGGCAACACGGUUAAAAUGUUUGCAGUUGAAGAACUGAAGAAGGCGACUGAUAAUUAUAGCGAGAAUAGCAUCAUUGGUCGAGGAGGUUUUGGGAUGGUUUACAAAGGAUUAUUACCAAACAACCAAGUAGUUGCCAUCAAAAGGUCUGUCAAAGUGGAUCCAGGUCAAGUUGAUCAAUUUAUCAAUGAAAUUGUUGCCUUGUCUCAAAUCAACAACAAAAAUGUGGUGAAACUCUUGGGUUGUUGCUUGGAAACAGAGGUACCGUUACUCGUUUAUGAAUUCAUAAGUAAUGGUACGUUACAUGACCAUUUGCACAGAGAUGAAAAAUUGCAUGUUUUUAGUUGGGAUAUUCGGCUUAGAAUUGCAGCAGAAGUUGCAGAGGUGUUGGCCUAUUUGCACACUACAAUUUCUAUACCGAUAAUUCACAGGGAUAUUAAGUCUGCAAAUAUACUUUUGGAUGAUAAAUACAUAGCAAAAGUCGCGGAUUUUGGAGCUUCUAAGCUAGUCCCGGUAGAUGAAGAGCAGUUAGGAACAAUGGUUCAAGGAACAUGCGGUUAUCUUGAUCCAGAGUACAUGCAAACUGGUGAGCUAACUGAUAAGAGCGAUGUUUAUAGCUUUGGUGUUGUUCUUGUCGAGUUACUAACUAGUGAGAAGGCUAUUUCAUAUGCAAAGCCCGAGAAUGAGAGAAACCUUGCAGUAUGCUUUCUAAGAAAGCUUAAGGAAACUCGUUUGUUUGAAAUCCUUGAUGACAAAGUAGUGAAUGAUAGAGCAAUCGGGCAGCUUAUGCAAGUUGUGUAUCUUGCUAAGAGGUGCCUUGAAUUGAAAGGGGAAGAUCGCCCUACCAUGAAGGAGGUUGCAAGAGAAAUCGAUAGGAUCGAUAGAAUAUGGUCGUCAAAAAAUGGCGUACUACUUGAAGAAGAAAGUGAAUAUCUUCUUGGUAAGACGCAUGUUUUCCCCCAUUGAGAAGCCAAAGUAGAGUUGUGCGAUUGGUGCCUUCGAAUGAUGAGAGAUGAAGUGAGGAAGAUUACAGAUUUAAGAUUCUUGAUUAUCAGAUCGGCAUUUUUAUUUAUUCUACUUCUUCAGUCACAUAAUAUAGUGUCCGUUUAUUAUUGUUGUUGUGUUUUACUAGAAAAAUACAUAAUUUUAUUAUUUAAAACAAAAAAAACAAUAAAGUUAUGGAGGAGUGAGAGGAAAUUGGUGGAAAUAAAAUGAACAAUACAAUUUUGCAUG